CGCGGGUAAAUAACGGAUAAACGUAUAUGUAUGGUUUUUGGAAGUUCUCUCUCCCUCUACUUCUUUCUGUCCCUCUCUGAUUCGAUUUCAUGGCGGCGCAAGUGGAGUGCUGGUUUAUGAACCCUCUCUGCUCUUCAAAAUCUCCCACUUCUCAUUCACCUCAAAGUAUUAGACUACAAAGCUUCCGCUCUGGUCCAAAUUCUAUUCUCUUCCUCUCUCCCCCCAAACCCUGCCAUUGUUCUUCCUUGGAAACUCAGUCAACUGCAAGUGUAAAUCCUAGCUCUACACCUGCAACCGAAAAUCCUAGCUCUACUUCCAAUCCCGACACUACCCUCGAUAGCCGUAAAGAUCGUCGGAAAGCGGUAAAAGUUGCUUGGGAGAAGUUGCUACGAUGGUCAAGGACUUGGCAAUCGAAGGCCAAGACUGAUGUUCUUGAGCGUACCAAAAAGGUCGUGGUACUUGGUGGUGGAUCUUUUGGCACAGCGAUGGCUGCACAUGUUGCAGGCAGGAAGGCUGAACUAGAGGUUAAUAUGUUAGUACGUGAUCCUCAUGUAUGCCGAUCUAUUAAUGACAACCACCUUAAUUGCAAGUACUUUCCAGUAUACAAGCUACCGGAAAAUCUCAUCGCAACAACUGAUGUGAAAGCCGCUUUACUAGGUGCAGACUUUUGCCUACAUGCAGUCCCUGUGCAGUUCACUUCAUCCUUUCUUGAGGGCAUUGCGCAGCAUGUUGAUCCGAACUUGCCAUUCAUAUCCCUUAGCAAAGGUUUAGAGCUCAAUACAUUAAGGAUGAUGUCUCAGAUUAUUCCACAAGCACUACGAAACCCUCGCCAACCUUUUAUAGCACUAUCAGGGCCUUCAUUUGCAUUGGAAUUGAUGAGGAAAUUACCAACAGCAAUGGUGGUGGCAUCAAGAGACAAAAAGCUGGCAAAUGCUGCUCAACAGCUAUUAGCUUCUCAGUAUCUAAGAAUCAGCACAUCAAGUGAUGUUACAGGAGUAGAAAUUGCAGGUGCUCUAAAGAAUGUGCUCGCAAUAGCAGCAGGGAUUGUAGAUGGCAUGAAUCUUGGGAAUAAUUCUAUGGCAGCUCUUGUUGCACAAGGUUGUUCAGAGAUACGAUGGUUAGCAACAAAGAUGGGUGCCAAGUCAACGACAAUAACUGGGUUAUCAGGAACUGGCGACAUAAUGCUUACUUGUUUUGUCAAUCUUUCGAGAAACAGAACAGUUGGGGUCCGCCUUGGUUCAGGGGAAAAGCUUGAUGAUAUAUUGAGUUCUAUGAAUCAGGUGGCGGAAGGUGUAUCAACAGCUGGAGCAGUUAUUGCCUUGGCACAGAAAUAUAAUGUGAAGAUGCCAGUAUUGACAGCAGUUGCCCGCAUCAUUGACAAUGAAUUGACCCCAAAGAAAGCUGUUCUUGAGCUGAUGAACCUCCCUCAGGUUAUCACAAGGACUCUGCAAACCUCCUCCCUUUGUGGUCUCUCUUGAUAUUUGGCAUUAUGUUUUUGAAAUUGUAGGUUGAAGAAGUGUGAGAUUGACAAUAGCUGAACAUGCCCUCUUCUCUGGAUUAAUGACUCUUCAUUCUACACAACAAAAAGAAAAUUUUGUACACUUCAGGCAGCAAACUUCCAUUGAUGCUUCAGUUACAUCAAUUAUUCUGCAGAGCGGAUCAUUCUUUUUGCAGUAUGCAUACACCUCCCUGGCCCUCAACUUGGUUGUGGGAGUACUUUGCCAAGUCAUAGAUUGUAUUUUAGAUCUCAAACAGAGGAAAUUUGAUAGAAAAUAACAAAAAAUAUUGAGAAUUGUACUUUCUUUUACAGAUAAAUUUUGAUAUAAAAUAACAAAAAAAAAAAAAAAAAUGAAAAUUUGUACUUUCUUUUUCAAAAUCAUGAAUUCAAUUGAGCAUGGCUCUCACACUAUUUAAGCCAUUCGUUGUGUACAUUGGAGAUUAUAUAGGUGCGGAGAAUGCAAGAA